UCACUCAUUCACAUAGACGCUCUUGUCCACAUGGACAUAAAACAUCCCAAUAUGACCUUUAUGUCAUAUGAGACUGGUUAAAAUAUUAAUUCUUGUUACAAUUUAAUUCAUUGUUGUACUGUACUUAACUGGACAACUGUAUUUAAGUUUUUGUUUGUUUGUUUGUUUUUGUAUAUGUAAACAGAAGUUUUGGAUACUUUAAUACUGCAUACAAUUAAACAUGACACAUUUUCAUCUUUUGCAGAAAGAUGUACUCUUCCCUGAUCUUUUCCCUCUCAAUGGCAGCCCUGGUGGCUGUUAGCAUCAGCCGACCCACAGCUACCGAGGACAGGAUACGAAUCAUGGCCCGAACUACCAUCAGCCGAAUUAAAAAAAUCAAGGAUGAGCACUUCCAGAUGUCUCCAGAGAUUGAUUUUGGCCCUGACAUUGACACACCCAUUGAUGGUCUCACUUCUAUUUUCGCUCACUUGAGCUACCUGCAGUUGAGAUUGCGAGUGCCUCCAGCCCAGCACCUACAGCAGGUCCAAGUGGACUUGGAAACUCUCCUGAGCAUGCUGGAGGGACUGGCCACCUCGCAGGGAUGCCCCCUGCCCAACCCCGAGACCCCAGUGCACAAAGAAGAAGCAGCCUUCCCCGUUACCUCCAACUAUCUGUACCUCCUGGAGCUCCAGAGGUACCUGGAAAAGCUUUGCCUGAACAUGGACAAACUAAAAUGGUGCAAAGACACAGAUGUGGCUGAAACUUUUCUAUUCUGAAAUGUGUAAGCCAUGAAUCAUUUAUUCUAUGCAUCACUCUCAAAAAUGCACAUGCAAGGAGUAGUUCUCGAAAUAUUUUGUUAACUUAUUAGACUUGAUUCAUACUUUUUGAAUUUUCCAAUUUGUUUUUUAUGUCUUUUACACUACAACUUUCUAUUUUCUAAGCUAUAUUUUAAUAUUUAGCACAUGAUGACGUUUUGUAGCACUGAAAAAUUUGAAAUUGCCUGUAGCUGUUUAUUGUAUUAAUUAGACAUGAAUACAGGAGGAUUGUGAAGCUGGUAGUAUGUUGGGAUUUUUAAAAGAAUUUUUAAGACAAUAAAUUAUCUUCACAAAAAACAACACCCUCUACAUUCCUUUUUCUUAUCUUUGAAACAAAGAGAAAAAAAAGUCAAUACACAACUAUUAGGUCAGAAAAAGAACUUUAUAUGAUAUAUUUUAGACUUUAUCUGAUCAAAAUGUGUAAUUUUUAAAUGUUUUUAAGGUGUACUGUACAAUGACAGUAUUAUUUGAAUGAAUUUGUCAUAAAAUAAGGAGAAGAAGCCUUA